CCUUCCCAGAGUGUGUCUUCCCACUCAUUUAAAACUUCCGAGUCCCAUUGUGUCUUAAAACAUGACUCUCCCUCUAACAUCGUUGUUCAGUUAUCUUCUUCUCCCUCUUCUUUUUCAUCUGCUUCGAUGGUCGCUAGUUAUCGUUACCCUCAAAGAGAUGAUAAUUCCUCGGACUCGGUAAGCUAUUCCUUUCACUUGUCUUCGAACGAACGACCGGCGCAGCUCAGUCCGCUCGACGAAAGCGUUGAGGUCGAGGAAGAAACUUUUUCCGAUCACAACUAUCUUGCUCGCGUGACUAAUGAUAAUAUCAAGAAAAGCGUGAUGAAAACUCCAAGUAUUCCCCUCAAUUCUAUUUCUAAUCGUAAUCCUGAUCCUAAUACCCCGCAUUAUCCUCCCUCAAUUAACCCCGGGGCGUGCGACGGUGGCGAUUGCGGAGUGCAGAACCAGUCUGGCAGCAACGGAAGCAGUCCGUCAACUCGAGAAACUGGGAUGGCUGAUUUCAUGGGUACUGAAUUUUAUAUGGACGAAUCUUUGCCGAGCAGUCUUAGCGAACAUCCUGUCGAUGUUCAUCAACAAGCAAUGGUUUCUCUAUUACAGUUUGAAAUACUCCACAAAUCACGCCGCUUCUUCAGUCAAAUUAUUUAUUCUUGUCUUCUCUCCAAACUUAGGUAUGUUGCUAUCAAAAAUUUUUCUUUAUUAUUCUAUUCGUUGCUUCCUAUUGUCGCAAGAUUUUCAAAAUUCGAACAGAACUCGAUGUACCUGGGGAAAUUUGACGAAGGAUCAAAAAAGGGUGAAGGAUAUCUCAGUCGUCGUCUUCAUUAUUUUUUGUCGCGUGAUUAAUGCGACAGUUUGCACAAAAUCAGAGAUCAAUUUCCUCCGUUAUAUCGCUCGCUGCACAGUCAGCUUCAAAUUAUUAACAGCUUUUGUUAGCACCUGUUGGAUUCUUUUGAAUUACAUAUUAUAUUAUAUUAUUGUUAUCGAAUAUUAAUCUUUGAAAAUGCUGUCUGCGCGUGCAGGUAUUUUAAUUAUUUUUGUUUCACAGGAUUAUAGCUGCCGUCGCACCCAAUUCCCAAUCCAAUGUUAUCGUAUUAUACAUCCCUAAACACACACUCGGAUAUUAACUUGACACAAUACCGUAGCUAAUUUGAGGAGAAAUUUAGCCGGCAUCAAUAACGGUCUGAUCCUAACGUGGCGUGAUUUUUAACUUGUUUU